AUGGAGUUGAAAGUAUGGGUAGAAGGAAUACAGCGUAUCGUUUGUGGCGUUACGGAGAGCACUACGUGUCAGGACGUAGUGUACGCUCUUGCCCAUGCUACCGGACAAACUGGUAGAUUUACAUUAGUAGAAAGAUGGAGAACCAACGAACGUUUCUUAGCUCCGUACGAAAAUCCUUUAAAGAUUCUAAUGAAAUGGGGAGAAUAUUCUUCGGAAGUUCAGUUAAUAUUAAGGCGUUCUACCCCAGAGAAUAAUAAGGCUCCUAGCUCAUUGGGAACUCGUUUGAAUCAUAGUUCGAGAUCGAACGGUGUAACGAGCUCCGGCUCCGAACAUAUCGCGGCUAGCGGUGGUCAGGAUGACGCGAAAAAUGUCGCGGCUCCGAAUUCCGAGCCAGACGACUUGCAAGGGUCUGGUCUCGAUAGGAAUCGCGAUAUCAGAAAGUCGUUAACGUUCGGAGGUUUGCACGGAAUCGUUGCAGAAAAUAGUACGGAAAUUCAAAUGGAAAACGUUGCCAUAGUUCAACCUACGUUGCAUUUAAAGAGCAAAGAGUCAAACAUGAGAAAGAACGUGCCGAAACCAGGCCAGUCUCCGACUCGUGCCAGUAGCAGCGAAAGUAGCACGCAUUUGUCGCAAAAGAAAGUUCGUGAGGUUCCUCCUUAUAGAGACCCUCCGGGACCUGGUUCGCCGCCUUUGAGAAGCUUGCCUCCGUACAGAGAUCCUCCACCGCCAAAUUUAAAUAGUCCUGGAAGAUCGCAAUUCCAGUCGGGUACGAACGCGGGUAUGGGAAGUCCUCGCGUUCGUAAGGAAGAGCAUCAGCAAGCAUCGACCAGUAACACCGUCAAACUGAAGAGAAAUCUUAUUCAGGAGUUCCAGGAUACGAAAGGGCAGAGUCAGUGUCAACCAGCCGCGAGUCAGUUAUCUGGUCAAACCCAAAAUAUGGUUACGGUCGCUUACACUCAACGCUACGUCGAGCUCAUAAGACUAGUCAAUAAGCAGCGUGAUACCAUUAAUGCGCAACAAGCGGAUCUUACCAAAUUCGACGCCGAAAUAUUGUACUGGGAAACUAAGAACAGAGAGCAAAUGCAUCAGAUGGAUUUUAUCUCACAAGAAGUGAGUCGUAUAGAAUCCACGGGCAGACUUAUCGAAGAACAGUUAAAGGAAUUGGCGCACGUUGAAGAGGAAAGCGAAAUAGUCAGGCAACAGGAAAAAACAUUGAAAUCAGAGAUCACUUUAUUGAGAUCGAAACUUGCGAACUGCGAAACGGAAUUGUUGCAGUGUAAAAAUAAGAUCAGAUUAGUCAUGGAAGAGCUUGCUAUAGAGCAACAUAAUAUAAGCCGGGAAACGGAUGAGAGACAAAUAAUGGAGCGGAAAAUUAUUACUGAAGUGGAACACCUUCAAAACGAGGUCGAACAAGCUAAACGUUCCGCCGAGUUGGCUUCGCAAUGCGCGGAAUCGUUGAAGAUGGAAGUGAUCAGUUUAGAAUCGGCGAUUGUCGAAAAGAAGUUGCAGGUGGAACGAUUGGUAGCGGAUAUGAAAGAAGCCAAUUUGCAAAGCCUGGCCGUGGCUUGCCAGGAUGAGCAAGUGAAAUCGUUGCUCGAAGGUGCCCAUAAACCUGGCAGUACGCGUAAAAUGAUCGGUUCGCCGAGGCAAUUGGAGACGGCGGUACCAACGAGUAAGAAUCCGCACGGCGUUUGGGUAUGAACGCAUGAUCCGAUGAUUGUUAUAUUUUUACACAGUUGGAAACGAACGGACAGUUCUAACAUAAUCAAUCGUAAUGUAUCAUUUCCGCGUUUAGCAGGUAAAACAUAGGUCUAUAUUAUAUCGUGUACUGCUACUGGCCAUAUUCUCAAUUUACAGCAAAACUCGCUUAAAUCGGGCGCUCGUAUCGUUACAUUUAAACGUCGUUCGUGUAAAUAAUUCGUUUCACGAUUUAACGUUUAAGUAGUUAAAGAAACGUGACUGGUAAAGUUCGGUACUACUCGAUAGUACUAUUCCGUAAUCAAAACGAUUCUGUGAAUUAAAAGCAUUUAAAUACUGGUGCAUUACGUAGUACCCAUUUCUCAAGUAUAUCUUGUACGUAUCAUUAAGACUAUGUGAUAAUCGAGUCUGAAAUAUUUUUUACUUUACCUUUUACGUAAGCGUAUUCGAACGUUCAAGAACUUGAUUCUCUCGAUUCCAUUUUCAUUCCUUUACACGCGUAGCACGUGUACGUAUCGUUGAAACGAGAUCUUCGCACUGCCAUUAUUAAUAAAUUAAGUACGACGAUGAUAAUUCCAUUAUCGAUAUCGUUUUUAUUUGUCUUUUUACGAUGUACCUACCAAAGCGUAUCAAUCGAUUCUCUUAUUAAGAAAAUAAGCGAUAACGUAUGUGUAAACUGUAUAAAUAAAAGUUGAAUGAGAAGUAACUGGAUCUCAUGGA